GCUGCCCUGAACUGAUAUCCCAAAAUACAAAGUCCAGUGCAUGGAGAAGGAGCAGGGAAAGAACAAUGGAAGCUGACCAAUCCAGACUUCUGUUUCUAUUAUUUCUUUUCACAUGGCGACUAUCCCCAGAAGUUGCUGCAGAAGUUCAGGAAUCUUCAGAUGGUUCUGCUGCUUCCCAGAAACCUGUGUCGCUCACAGAUGUCCCAGCGACCAUGGAAUUCAUUGCUGCUGCUGAGGUGGCUGUCAUAGGUUUCUUCCAGGAUUUAGAAGUACCAGCAGUGUCCCUGUUUCAUAGUAUGGUGCAAAAAUUCCAAGACGUGUCAUUUGGAAUCAGCACUGAUUCUGAGGUUCUGGCCCAUUACAACAUCACCGGAAACACCAUUUCCCUCUUUCGCCUGGUGGACAAUGAAAAACUGGCUUUGGAAAGCAAAGACAUCGAAAGCAUUGAUGCCACCAAAUUAAGCCGCUUCAUUGAGAUCAACAGCCUCCACUUGGUGACAGAGUACAACCCUGUGACAGCGAUUGGCCUAUUUAAUAGCAUGAUCCAGAUUCAUCUUCUACUGAUAAUGAACAAGGCCUCCCCAGAAUAUGAAGAAAGCCUACACAGAUACAGGGAGGCAGCCAAGCUCUUCCAGGGAAAGGUUCUUUUUAUUCUGGUGGACAGUGGGGUGCAGGCCAAUGGGAAAGCGAUCUCCUUCUUCAAACUAAAGGAGUCUCAACUGCCCGCCUUGGCAAUUUACCGGACUCUAGAUGAGGCGUGGGAUACACUGGCCAUAGCAGAAGUUUCUGUGGAGCACGUGCAAAACUUCUGUGAUGGAUUCCUCCAAGGGAAACGGCUGAGAGAAAAUCAUGAAUCAGAAGAAAAGACUCCAAAGGUGGAACUCUAAUCUCUCCCUGAUACUUCUGCAGACUACUAAGUAUUUACAUGAAAUAAAAAAAGGGCAACUUGAACCUCAGAGAAA